AUGGCUCUUCAUCCCAAAUUUUCGGGUCAGAAGUUGUUGACAGCCAACUUACAGCAACCAUGGCAUACCCUCGAACUAUACCUUGAUUAUGUCUGCCCUUACUCCGCAAAGCUAUUCAGCACAUUCUACACAUCGGUGAGACCAAUUAUCUUACAAAAUUAUCAAUCAAGACUUCAGGUUGUCUUUCGUCAGCACAUUCAACCUUGGCAUCCAUCAUCCACUCUGACGCAUGAAGCUGGUGCGGCGGUGUUGAAAAUAGCUCCAGACAAGUUCUGGGAAUUUAGCGCUGCACUGUUCAGUCACCAAGAAGAAUUCUUUGAUGUCAGUGUUGUUAACGAGACACGCAACAAGACAUAUCAGAGACUUGCGAAGAUAGCCGCGACAGUUGGUGUGGAUGAACACGAGAUGCUCGAAUUAUUGAACAUCAGCGAAGUUAUUGCUGAUGGACAGUUGAAUACCGGCAACAAGGUGACGAAUGAUAUCAAAUUGAUGGUCAAGUCAGGUCGAACAAUCGGCGUCCAUGUAUCUCCGACCGUAUAUUUCAAUGGCGUCGAGGAACCAGGUAUCAGCAGCAGCUUCACGGCCACACAAUGGGAGCAAUGGCUGGCCAUGAAUGUAGCGUAG